CCUGAGGACUGACGCCCGGGCUCUCCCCGCGCUCCCCGGGCAGCCGAGAUGCCUCUGGAGUGGCUGGCGGGCUGCUGCGGCUCGCUGGACCGGCUGAGGGACCUGGUCGGCACGGGCAUCCAGGCGGUGCGGGACUGCGAUGCCACCGCCCUGGGCACCGUGGCCGUCCUGCUCGCCAUGUUCGUGUGGUACUGCUACCACGUGGGGCGGGAGCAGCCCCGGCCCUUCGUCACGGUGACCUCGCUCAUCCAGGGCGGCGCGGACGCCAACGGCCUGCAGAACGGCUACACGCACUGCCGCUCCCCGGAGUGCGUCCGCUGCGCCCACAGCGACGGGCUGAACCAGAAGCUGUACCACAACCUGCAGGAGUACGCCAAGCGCUACUCGUGGUCGGGCAUGGGCCGCAUCCACAAGGGCAUCCGCGAGCAGGGCCGCUACCUGAGCAGCCGCCCCUCCAUCCAGAAGCCGGAGGUCUUCUUCCUGCCGGACCUGCCCACCGCCCCCUACUUCCCGCGGGACGCCCAGAAGCACGACGUGGAGCUGCUGGAGCGCAACUUCCAGACCAUAGCCUGCGAGUUCGACGCCCUGUACAAGGCCUUCUCCAACUGCAGCCUGCCGCAGGGCUGGAAGGUCAACAGCACGCCCAGCGGCGAGUGGCUGACCUUCUACCUGGUCAACCAGGGCACCUGUGUGCCCCGGAACUGUCGCAAGUGCCCCCGGACCUACCGCCUGCUGGGCAGCCUCCGCACCUGCGUCGGCAACAACAUCUUCGGCAACGCCUGCCUCUCGGUGCUCACCCCGGGCACGGUCGUCGCGGAGCACUACGGGCCCACCAACAUCCGCAUCCGCUGCCACCUGGGACUGCGGACGCCCGGCAACUGCGAGCUGGUGGUCGGGGGCGAGCCGCAGUGCUGGGCCGAGGGCCGCUGCCUGCUCUUCGACGACUCCUUCCUGCACACGGCGCUCCACGGAGGUGCCCCCGAGGAGGGCCCCCGGGCCGUGUUCAUGGUGGACCUGUGGCACCCCAACGUCGCCGCCGCCGAGCGCCAGGCCCUCGACUUCAUCUUCGCUCCCGGACGGUGACGGGACUCCCUUGCGUGGCAGGCUGGAGAGCGGCCGGCCGGAGGGGC